AUGCAGGAUCUCAUGCCCGCAGAGUUCCUCCCCGUUCUCGGCAUGGUGCCCACCGUGCUCGGCAGCGUGGCGAGGGUGCCCCAGAUCGUGUUGAAUUUCCGCCAGGGGCAUACAGGGAACCAGUCCGUCAUCACGUGGGGUAUGAGUGCAGCUGGGAACGUGGUUCGCGUAAUCACCACGCUUGCUGCGCUCGGCGACAUGGUCAUCCUGGCGGGCCACUUCUUCGCAGGGGUGCUCAAUCUGACGCUGGUUGCCCAGAUCCUCGUGUACUGGAAGCAGACCCAGGAAGCCCUGAGCAAGAAGGACGACGGCGGCAAGAAGUCGAAGUGA